AUGGUUGAGUCAAAUCUAAAAGAAUUACUUCUCCCACAAGUAAUUUCAGAUAGCUUAAAGGCAAUUGAAAACAAUAAUUCUUUAAAUGACUCACAAAACCAAAAUCAAACAUUAAAAUCUACUAAAAAUGCUCAGUCAAUUAUUUUAGGACAGCUGGAAAAAGGUGAUUUUGGUAACGAAAUUAAAGCGAUUAACCAAAAGCUAAAGCUAUUCCACCCUGAAGAAAUCAGUAAUCCUUUUAGUACAAGGAAAAUAAAAUGGUAGCGUUGACAGACGGAAAUUGGACGCCAAGGCGUAUUCCUAUUGAGCAGGUCGGGCCCAUCCUUAUGAAGCUGAAACAUAGUCUAUGUUUUUUUUUGAAGUAGACUUCAGGUUUGGGGAAGCCUUGCCGAAUAGGGAAGUAUUGUUUCCCACUGAGGUUUUCACUGUCAGACAGGUUAUGCCUAUCAGAUAGUCUUUGUCUAUUAGGACUAUCGGGGCGCCCGACAGAGGGUGGCUCUAACCUAGGAGCUGAUCUUUAGUUAUGUGGGUUUCGCCAGAAAAUUCAAGAGGAUAGAAUUUUGGUUUAGCCUUACACCAUUUGCACUCGGUGUGUAUAUCCAGCGUAGGGCUAUUGGAGUUUCCCGUAUAAAACUUUUAGCUAACUUUUUAGUUACAAGUUUAUUUUAACAAAGGAUAGAAAAUAUAUAAUUUCAGGGCAAAAUGAUGGAAAGAUUGACAUUAUUGACUUAGAAUCAAAAACAACAAAAACACAAAUUAUUGGAAAUGAUGUUAUAAAUUGUUUGGCUAUUGACAGCAGCGAUUCAUAUUUAUACAUUCCAGCUCAAGACGGGCAUAUUAAAAAGAUUAUUCAAUGGAAUAAUUUCAGCGAAGUUGCUGAUUGGGAGGCUCAUAAAGGGACAAUUAAAGCCUUAAAGAUUUCUAAUGAUGAUAAGUGGAUAUUUUCUUGUGGAGAAGAUGGAAAAAUUAUUAAAAAUAAUGCAGAAACAGGAGAAUUAGGAGGAAUUUUGUAUUUGCAUGAAGGAUCGGCUAAUUGCUUACUCCCCCCCCCCCCCUCCGUGAGCGAACAAAAAAUUUUUGUUCGCUCACGGAGGGGGGGUUAAUUUUUAUUUUUUAAAAAAAAUUAUAUAUAAAUUUUUAAUUGUAAAAUAAUAUUUUUUUUUUAUAAGUUGAAAAUUAUUUUAAAAAUAUUAUGGGGGAGAGUAAGGGAAUUUCCCAAAAAAAAAAAGAAUACCAUUUGAUUAAAGGUAAAACACAGCUUAAUUUUUCAAUAAUUUAAUAAUCAAUAAACCUAUUAGUAAUAAAUAUAUGCAUUCAGUUAAAAUAUUUUAUAUAUUUUCUUAUUUAAUAUAAUAAGCAAAUUCUCUAUAAAUCAUAAUAAAAAUGUACAAAGGGAAAAGAAAGUACAUUGAAAUUUGGCAGAAAGUUGAAAUUGCUGAAUUUUACAUUCAACACCAAAAUGAGAUGAGCAUGAGAGAUGUUGCUGCAAAGUUUCAUGUCAACUCCUUUAGCUCGAUUUCCGAAUGGGUGAAUAAGCUUGAUGAGUUGAAGAAAUCAGUAAAAUCUGAUAAAAAAUUAAAAUUAGAAAGCUUCACUCAAUUUCCAGAGCUAGAGAAAGAACUAGUACAUUGGUUUACUGCAAUCCGUGAGCAAGGUAUUCAGGUUCUCAGAUCAACGAUUGAGGAGAAGCAAAAAGUUUGGCGGCAGAAAUGGGAUUGGCGCGAUUCGGCUGUGGAGAUAAAUGGUGGCAAGGAUUUAGGACCAGAAAUAAUUUAUCUUUCAGAAAAAUCAAUGCCUCAAGCAUUAAGCCAAUCGAAAAAGAGGCAGAACUUGUCAGGCAAUACCUAGAUGAUUUAGCGUCAUUGCUUCCUCAAUUCGUUCCAUCUAACAUUUACAAUUUCGAUGAAACGAGAUUUGAUUGAGAUGUAAAAAGCAAGUUCACUUAUGAUUUCAAGGGAACUCAACGAAUUCUAGGCGUUCAAUCAGCUAAAAUGAACCAUUUUAUCACUGUUAUGCUUAUGAUUAGAGCUGAUGGAGAAAAAAUGCCUGCUUUGCUCAUUUUUCAAGAGAAAAAUGGCCAGAUCCCGAACCUUGUAAGAAAGACUGAAUAUUCCAGAAAAUGUCAUCAUAAAAUCAAAUAAAUCUGGCUACAUUUCUGACCAGAUUCUUAAUGACUACCUCAGAACAAUAUUGAGACGAGAAAACCAACUGCUGAUUUAUGAUCAGGCUGGAAGUCAUAAAACUAUCAUGAUUUCUAAUGCAAUUUCAGAUUUAGAUGCAACCAAAAUUGUGAUCCCUGGAGGGUGCACAAAGUAUUUGCAACCACUUGACGCACUGGUAAUUGCAAAUUUCAAAUCAAAAACAACAGAUUUCAGAAUCAAAUUCCAAACAGAGCAGAUUGAAAGAAGAUCGAAAAGAACUGGAAACCUCAAAGCUCUUGAUCGCCAGCAACUGAUAAACAUUGCUUCAAAGGCGUGAGAUGCUGUAAGCCCUCAACUUGUCAGAAAAUCAUUUGAGUUGACGGGUUCUUAUGGCGUUAAUCAUCCAAAGAUUUUCAGCCAUCAAGUUAAUAUGAAGAAGUUAAUUAUCUAAUCGAUUUCUUCUAUUCAUUUUUUUUGUCUUAAAUUUAAAAUUGUUAAAUUCAACCUUUUCACUUAUGGUAUUCUUUUUUUUAACCCUUUGAAUAAUAUAUCAAACAAACUUAAUAAUUAUUUUUCAAUAUUAUCCUCUUUAUUUGUAUUAAAUAUAGAUAUAAUAAACUAUAUAUAAAAUUAUAUGUAAAAAAAUUUUUUGUUCGCUCACGGAGGGUGGGUUUUUGACCAAAAAAUAGGGAUUUUUCUAAUGGUUUUGUUCGCUCACGGAGGGGGGGGAGAGUUAGAUAUUAGCGCUGACGAUGGUUUUUUAGUCAGUGGAGGAAAUGAUAGGUUUAUAAAAAUAUUUGAUUUACUAGCAGGAAAGGUAGAAGCUGUAUUAGAGCCUAUGAAUAAGAGUGUUUGGUGCGUAAAAAUCUCAAAUAAAAAAAUCAUUGCAGGAGGAUCUUUAGAUGGCGAAAUCCGUCUUUGGGAAUGAGGCACCUGGGAUGUCAAGCAAAGCUUAAUUGGCCACAAAAAAGCAUGCACUUCUAUUCAAUUUCUUAAAGGCGAAGAUUAUUUGCUAUCAGGCAGUAAUGAUGGCUCAAUAAGAAUAUGAAAUAUUUUAACAGGAUCUUCAGAGAUUACCCUGAAAAAUCACCGUAAAGAAGUUAUUGACAUUUGUGUGAGUAGCAAUAAAAUGUACUCAAUCGGUAAAGAUAACAAAUUAUUAAUUUGGUCAUUGCAAAAAACUAACGAAUUAUCAAGAAUAAAAGCUCAUGAUGGAGAAAUUCUUAAGCUUGCUUAUAGUGAAAAACAUAGCGCAUUGUUUUCUAUGGGAAGGGAUAACAAAAUCAUUGGGUGAAAUUCCAGCGAUUUUACCAAAAUCUAUGAAUUUUCUAUUAAAAAGUGGGCAUUAUUUAUGUGCUUAGCCCCAGAUGAAGAUUAUUUGGUAUCAGCUUCAAAGGAUAGAUCAAUAAUUUUUAUUGAUAUCGCAGAUGGUAGUACAAUAGUCCAUAAUUUGGAUGACAAAUCUUGUGUGACAACACUUUUGUUUUCUGAAAAUGGUAAAUAUCUUAUCACUGGAGAUGAUAAAUGCAAAGUAAAAGUAUCAAAAUAUAAGUCUCCUCAGAAGAUUAAGUUUAAAUCGGAAUAUUCUUCUCAUAUUCACUCGAUAUCAAGUUUAGCAAUAACAAGUAAUAAUACUUUACUUUUUUCAGGAAGCCAGUCAGGAGAUAUUUGGGUGCAUGAUCUGCAUCAAAAAACUAAUAUUGCUGAGCUGAAUGGCCAUUCCGAAACUGUGUCAAAGAUGAAAGUAUCAAGAGAUAGUAAGCACUUAAUAUCUAUUUCAUAUGAUAUAUCUUGUAAAAAAAUAAUAAGCUUACGAUCUGCUUGCUAAAUACUAUUUUUCUUAUUAGACGAGAAAUCAUUUUUUUUUUAUUCAUAUAUUGAUAUAUUAAAACCCCCAUAAAUCAAUCCGCAUAUGGAACAUAGAAAAAAAAUUCUGUGCAAGAGUUAUCAAUCAUCAUUUAGAAAGAAUUUAUGACCUUUAUUUAUCCAAAGAUGGGCAAGUCUUUUAUACUCGGUCUUUAGAUAGCACUAUUGCUAUAUGAAGUUAUGAAAGCUUUUCACUUAUCACUUCCUUUGAGUUCUUACAAGGAGGAAGAGCGCUUGAAGCUUCAGCUGACGAAAAGUUAUUAUAUAUUGCUGAAGGUGAAGAAAUCACCUGCAAAAAAAGUCCUUUGUCAAUUGGCAUAGGACUUUAUGGCCCAGGGAAAAAUUAUUACUCUUUCUUAGGAUACAUUAAAAGCAUUUUAAGAGGUGACAAACCUAAGCAUGUGCCUAUUUUAGACAAAUGGGUUAUCAUGCCUUAUAAGAUUAAUGCUCUGCACUUAUAUGCUUAUUUUAAUAUGCCAAAACACCUUAAAGAAGCCAUUUGUAAAGGAUCUGCAUCUUUUUAUGAAACUUCUCAAGGAAAAUCACCUAUCAGCCUAUGUUUGGAAAGGAAUUUCACAGACUGUGUUAACUCAAUAUUGAACAGUUGCAAGAAAAAAAUCCAAGAAAAUCCUUACGAAAUUGCAUUAAUCAGCAAAGAUAUAGUGAAAUUAAACUUGAGAGGAUUUUCAGGGCUGCAUAACUUUUAUAAAUGCAUCUUUUAUCCAUCAAAAGCAGAGUAUCUACCUAAGUUUUGUAUUGAGUCGUCAAGUUUGCCAAUUCUUCAUUUAUCUACCUGCCUUUCAGUUGUCCCAGCUUCAUUUUUGAAAGAGGAACAAUUUAGCAAUGAUGGGCAAUCAAUAGUAUUUCUUGAAAGUGCCAUUUAUUUAAAUACAAUUGCUGGAUCUGCAGAAAGUUUAGAAUUUUUAAAUAGUUUAGUUGAGUCAAAAAAUUCAGAAAUUUUAAGAACUGAUUUUAUCAAUGAAUUUAUCAAGCAAAAAUGGAAGAAAAUAUGGCCAAUUUUAUGUCUUCAAGGGUUUAUCUAUGCUUUAUUCUUGAUAUUUUUAUGUGUCCACUUGCUUUUCUAUUUAAAAGAUGGAACAAUGCUGGCUCCUUUAUUUGUAACUAACUUUUUCCUUCUAUUAUAUGAGAUUUAUCAAAUGGGGGUAAGCGGCUCUAGCUAUUUGUCUGACUUAUGGAAUUAUUGGGAUGUGGCAAGAUGCUUGUUGACGAUUUUUUACCUUUAUGUGGAAUGGGGAGAGCCAACUGAUGAAGGGAUUAAUACAUUAUCAACCUUUUUGUUUUUAGUUUCAUGUAUAAGAGGAGUGGCAUAUUUCAGACUUUUGCAGGAAACUAGAUACAUGAUAGAGCUUUUGCAAGAAGUCAUCCUUGAUAUUCGUCCUUUUAUUUUCCUUUAUAUUUAUACAACUUUCUGCUUUGGAAUGAUUGUUACCUUGUUGACCAAUGAGCACUCAGGUCUUUUCUAUGUUUUCUUAGGGACUUCUCAUUUUUAUAACUACAAUAAUUUCCAGUCAAGCGAUUUUUUCCCAUUCGAGUAUGUUUUGAUGCUUAUUGUAGGACUGAUUAACCCUAUUAUUAUGGCAAAUUUAUUGAUUUCUAUUAUUGGGGAUACAUAUGAUAGGGUACAAGAAGGAAUAACAAUUGCAGACAGAAAAGAGUUAGUUAGACUGAUUAUAGAAGGGGAAACAUUAAUGUUUUGGAGAAGAGGGAGAACUGCAAAAUAUUUCAUGCAAAUGUGCUUGGCUGGAGAAAAAGAAGACGAAGAUGAUGGCUGGCUUGGAAAAGUUAGAGAAAUCACGUUGAAAAUUAAUAGGCUGGCAUUGAACAUUGAAGAAAACUUCGAAAAUAACGAAAAAACGUUGACUCAAAGCAUAAAAAUUAAUGAAAAAAUGAACGAAAAGAUAAAUCAAAUGAACUCAAGAAUGAUGAACAUAGAAAAGCUACUCAUGAAAAACCAGAAUUAG